CGCCCGUGCUGCCCACUAGUUUGCUUUCCUUGCACUCAAACCAUCACCCAUCUUAUCACUACGGCCGAUAUAUAUAUAUGUAUACAUGUAUUUUUUUUCCGGCCAACUUAUCCCAUUUCAAAAAACAGAAAGAAAACACUGAAAAACCCCAAAAAUCACAAACUCAUAACGAAAAUUUUUCUAUCAAACAGUUAUUUGGUUCCUGGUUUUCUUUUCCUGAAGCAUUAUUUAAGGGUUUUUUUUUUUGUUGUUUUUCGUUUCUGGGUUUGUUUGUUUUCUUGCGCGGAAUUUGGAGAAUGGCUCAGGUUCAGGUGCAACCGCAGUCUCCGGUUUCUGUCCCAAAUGGGGUGGCAAGCAAUGGAGUGAACCAGUUCAUGUCGACCUCUUUGUAUGUAGGGGAUCUUGACCACAAUGUGACCGAAACUCAGCUCUAUGAUUUGUUUAAUCAGCUGGGUCAGGUCGUAUCGAUUCGGGUAUGCAGGGACUUGACCAGUAGAAGAUCUCUUGGUUAUGGCUAUGUCAAUUAUAGCAACAUCCAUGAUGCGGCACGGGCAUUGGAGGUGCUGAACUUCACUCCUGUCAAUGGCAAGCCAAUUAGGAUAAUGUACUCUCAUCGUGACCCUACUAUUCGUAAAAGUGGUGCUGGAAAUAUAUAUAUCAAGAAUUUGGACAAGGCAAUUGACAACAAAGCUCUACAUGACACAUUUUCCACAUUUGGGAAUAUUUUAUCUUGCAAAGUAGUAACUGAUUCUUUGGGUCAGUCUUUAGGAUAUGGCUUUGUACAAUUUGAUAAUGAAGAGUCUGCUAAAAGCGCAAUUGAUAAAUUGAACGGCAUGCUACUGAAUGACAAACAAGUUUAUGUUGGACCUUUCCUCCGCAAACAGGAAAGAGAGUCUGCUAUAGAUAAGACAAAAUUCAAUAAUGUUUAUGUAAAGAAUCUAUCAGAGACAACAACUGAUGAAGAUUUGAAGAAGAUUUUUGGUGAAUAUGGAACUAUUACUAGUGCUGUAGUUAUGAGGGAUGGUGAUGGAAAGUCCAAAUGUUUUGGUUUUGUCAAUUUUGAGAAUCCAGAUGAUGCAGCUCGAUCUGUUGUGGCUCUUAAUGAAAAGACAUUUGAUGAUAAGGAGUGGUAUGUUGGGAAAGCACAGAAAAAAUCUGAAAGAGAAAUUGAAUUAAAAGGACAGCUUGAGCAAACUUUGAAGGAGAAAGUUGACAAAUUCGAAGGAUUGAAUCUAUAUGUUAAGAACCUAGAUGAUAGCAUCACUGACGAUAAGCUGAAGGAUCUAUUCUCAGAAUUUGGAACAGUUACUUCAUGCAAGGUUAUGCGUGACCCAAGUGGUGUAAGUAGAGGAUCAGGCUUUGUUGCCUUCUCAACUGCUGAAGAAGCAUCUCGAGCUCUCGCGGAGAUGAAUGGUAAAAUGGUAGUUAGCAAACCAUUGUAUGUUGCACUUGCACAACGGAAAGAAGAACGAAGAGCAAGGUUGCAGGCACAGUUUUCACAAAUGCAUUCUUCUGCAAUGGCACCUGCAGUUGGUCCUCGUAUGCCUAUCUAUCCUCCUGGAACUCCAGGUAUUGGACAGCAACUAUUCUAUGGGCAAAGCCCUCCUGCUAUCCUCCCUCCCCAGCCUGGGUUUGGGUAUCAGCAGCAACUGGUUCCUGGAAUGAGGCCAAAUUUUUUCGUUCCAAUGGUCCAACCAGGUCAGCCGGCCCAGCGCCCAGGAAGCCGGAGAUUUGGAGCAGGGCCAGUGCAACCUCAGCAACCGCUUCCCUUGAUGCAGCAGCAGAUGCUUCCUAGGGGCCGUGUUUAUCGUUACCCUCCUGGUCGCAACUUGCCUGAUGUGGGGGGAAUGCCAUUUAGAGAUGCUGCAUUUUCACAGCCUAUGCAGGCUGGGGCUUUGGCCACUGCCCUUGCUAAUGCAACACCUGAACAACAGAGGACGUUGCUUGGGGAAAAUUUGUAUCCACUUGUGGACCAGUUGGAGCAUGAUAAUGCUGCUAAGGUGACUGGCAUGCUUCUAGAGAUGGACCAGACUGAGGUUUUACACCUGCUGGAGUCUCCAGAAGCCCUGAAAGCUAAAGUUGCUGAGGCCAUGGAGGUGCUUAGAAGUGUUCAGCAACAGCAGCAGGUUAAUAAUCCAACUGAUCAUAUGGCCUCGCUGUCCCUAAAUGACUAAUCUUGUUUCUUAAGCGUUGCUGUUGCUAUUUUUGGAAUAUCUUUUCAACCUGUCUGGAGAGAGUUUUCAGAGCAGAACAAUUCUUGAAACGUUGUUUUGAGAGUAUUUUUGGGACGUUUCCCGAAUUUUUGCCCGUUUCUAGUUGAUAUUAAAUCUCAGUAUUGCAACUUAUAUAAAAGCUCUACCAAUGAUUUGCAGGAA